UAUACGUUUUGUCCGUGCACCCUCAAGGUUUCACUUUCAACAUUUAAAGGCAUUGUUCACUGGAGGACAUUAUAUAUGGACACAAUUGGGGUCACAAGAGUGAGAGCUGUGAAUUAGUCAGCAUGUCAACAACAAUAUGAGUGGUCAUGUUCGUGAGGAAAUCCCCAUUUUUUUUUUCAUGUCUUUGCAUGUGUUUGUGUGGGCGAAGAGGAAGUGAAUGGUUGCCUAUAUAUAUAGUAAUCCCAAGCAGCAGUCAACUUCACAAAGCCCUCACUGGAGAAAAGAUGAAGCUGUCAUCUGUUGUCAAAGCCUUAGGAUCCCUGUGUCUGCUGCUUGCAGAUGGAUUUCCAGUUUCUGAGGGUGAAUCUCCAGAGAUCAUUGGGCCUCAUCGCGUCCAAAUAAAAGCUCAUCCAGGAGAGCAUCUGUUCCUUCACUGUGAAGCGUUUGCAAAUUGUGAAGCUGAUAUGACAAUCAUUUACUGGCUCGUCAACGGCUCUUUCCCCGAGGAAACGCCCAGCAGUGGCAGAAUAGUGGAAACAGAGGAAACCGCCAUAGACGAGGGCACAAUCCUACAGAAGAGUUUGCUGUUGAAGAAUGUCACAACAGAGGACCUCAAAUCCACCUUCACCUGUGUUGUGACCAACGCAGCUGGAACAGACCGAAAGUACACAACGUUAGUGACAUCACGCAGAGAUUGUAAUGCGGGAAAACACAAAAAACACUGAAUGUUAACUGCAGCAAAAAGUGUAACUCUCUGAGCCAUGUUUCACUUGCAAACUAACUGAUAUUUAACAUGAAUCAGCAUUAUCUGUGAAUUUACGAUUAUAUGUUUUAUUUCUGGAUAUGGACUAUGCUAAAGAAAAGCUGGAUGAAGAAAUAUACUAAACUUGGCGUGCAUUUGGUUCUACAAUGGCAAAUUGUUUUCCUUUAAAAACAAAUAAAUACUUAAGGUGAAGCAAAACAACUACUGGAAAAUAUUGUUAUCCUCUCCUAAUAUAAAUGUUCUGCAGCAUUGACGACCCUCCUCUUAAUCCAGGGAAACACAAUGUCCAGCAGCAAUAUGUGGAACUGAAUGCACCCUUGUUAAAACUGUAUACAUUAAUUUAGAUGACUGACUGAUGACUGUACCACUCAAAGGAACUAUCGACUGAAUAUAUAAAAAAAUUGUAACAGUUAAUUGCUAAGCUAUUUGCUAUGCUUGUGUAUCAUUCCAGUGUCUGUGUUUGCUGGCGAUAAGCCAUCUUGAAUCUGUAUACUUUUGAGCCAUAUAAAGAUAUACUGUACUCCA